CUAGGUUGAGCUGGAUAUCAAAUGGACGUUAUACUGAGACCGUUUCGACGCCUCAUCGCGCCUAUACUUUAUUCAUUACCAAGUUCUACUGUUGCGUCUUUCAGGCUGAAAGAUUUAGCGAAGAACAAAAAUGAAAAUAUUAUAUUAGUGGGCAGUCCUGGUGCUGGAAAGACUGUGGUAGGGAGGAUACUCAGCAAGAGGUUUGGAAUGCCUCCUUUUGAUAUUGAUAAUGAUUGGCUGGAACGAGUCUGGGGUAUGCCGGUCUCAGACAAGUUGGACCAGUUAGGUCCGGAUGGUUUUAUUCAAGCUGAGGGAGAAGCUCUGAUGCAAUGUCCUGUAAAUGGACACGUUGUAUCUCUCACUGGGUCAAAUCCAAUGCAUCAACAAGCCAUAGAUCGAUUCCGACAAACAGGGAUUGUCAUCUUCCUGGAUGUCGACACAAGAGACAUUCUAUCUCGACUUGGGGCAAUGAAAGUUGGUCGCAUUGUUGGUCAGAGUCCGGGAGUGUCAUUGGAAGACAUCCUUUCUUACAGACAGCAAUUCUAUGAGAAUUGUUAUGAUAUUCGAAUUUUGACUCCUCGGAAUGCAUCACCUGAGACUCAAGCUGACCUGGUGCAAUCAGCACUGGAGAACAUGGAUAAACACAAUAAAUUAAUAUCAACCAGAGACAUUGCUGGAAAUAACCUUACCAUAUAUGGGUUUCUCGAUGCUGUUCUUCAAGGCUUGGCACUCGAUGGCGGUCUCUUGGUGCCAAACCAGUUGCCUCAGCUUUCACUACCAGAAUGGGAGAGACUCAUUCCUUUGUCAUAUCAAGAAAGAGCUGUUCGAAUCCUUGAGAGGUGGAUUUCUCCAACGGAAGUUCAUCCAAGCACACUGAAGGAAAUGAUCAACAGAGCAUACAACCACUCAGUAUUCUUGUGUGCCAGUAUUGCACCGGUGGCUCAUCUUGAGUUUAAUCAUUAUAUACAAGAACUCUAUCAUGGACCAACUGCCUCAUUCAAAGAUCUUGCCCUCCAGUUGAUGCCGCAGUUUUUUCAACAGGCAGUACAUAGACGGUCACAUGACUUAUCACAUGCUAUUGUGGUUGCAACGUCUGGAGAUACGGGAGGUGCCUCACUAGAUGGCUUUAAUAGACACACUCAAGUCCCAAUCAUGGCAUUGUAUCCGAAGCAAGGAGUGAGCAAUCUGCAACGAAUGCAAAUGACAACAGCUGAAGGCGAUCAUGUGCAUGUUGUUGGAGUUAAAGGUGACUUUGAUCGUUGCCAGACUGCAGUGAAACGUGUCCUGAGGUGUGAACAGAGGGCUGAACACUACAGGAGAGUUUAUGGUGUUAAGUUGAGUUCAGCCAACUCUAUCAACUGGGGACGGCUUCUACCACAGAUCGUAUACCAUGCAUCCGGUUACCUGGAUUUAGUCGCACAGUCUGGUAUGAAGUUUGGAGACCCGCUUGAUGUCUGUGUACCGACAGGAAACUUUGGGAAUAUACUUGCUGCUUUCUAUGCAAAGAAAAUGGGAAUUCCAUUUGGAAAGUUAGUUGUCGCAUCGAAUCAGAACAAUGUGCUAACAGAAUUCUUUUCCACUGGACAAUACGUUCUAUCAAAUCGUUCUCUACGACAGACGAUAUCUCCCGCUAUUGACAUACUAAAAUCUUCGAAUAUAGAACGUCUCCUCUAUCAUUUAACAUCAGGAGAUGAUGCACAAAGAGUUAAGGCUUGGUUCAAUAGCCUUGACCAAGACGGCCAUUUUGAAGUCAAAGAUGACAUUAUGAACACACUGCACAUGAACUUCUCGGCCGGCUGGUGUUCUGAGGAAAAUAGUCUGAAGACAAUUCAUGACACGUUUAAAAGAACUGGGUUGGUACUGGAUCCCCACACAGCAGUAGCAAAACACGUUGCUGACAACACCGCAAACCAAUCAGACAAACCUGUGUUGAUAUCGGCCACAGCCCACCCAUCAAAGUUUGCCCAUGAUGUCAUGAGAGCAAUCAGACCUGCUGAGAGCUUUAAGGAUCGUGACGUUCUGUCAGUAAUGGAAUCGACGUGUGGGCAACAAGUUAAACAUGACGGAGUCUGGGGACUACAAGGGAAGACGGAAAAACAUACAACUUUGUGUGAAGGAAAUGACGAUGUUAUUGCAGAUGAAAUUGAAGCAUUUCUAGCUAAACACAGCAACAACUACUAACAGCAAUAACAUAAAUCAUCAUGUAGGCAACAUCAGAAUGUUGACUGUACGGUGUAUCACUAUGUAAUCUUGCCUGCAUGCUAAGGGCAGUUCUUGCCUUUGCAUGUGAUCACUGCAUACAACAUGUGCUUGUACUGAUCAACGACUUCGUGAUUUGUCUCAUUCAC